AUGAGUAAUUUUAUACCAACAUAUCCAAAUCUCGAAUCACUUGGUCAUCAUGAAGAAAAGCCAGAACAAAAUAUUUCUCAGCAUCAGAGUUUGAACGCUUAUUUUAGAGAAGGACCAUAUACGUCGGGACGAGCUCAAAGAGCAAUUCAGAUAGCUUCAACUUCUUUUCAUGGAAUUUUAGGUCAGAGGUUGGGAAUUUCUAAUAUUUUUAGUUUCAGUGAAACACCGUGUUUCUCAAACACCGCUAGUUAUUCGUGCAUACCAGAUUAUAGUUUCUUCCAAGCAGAAAAUCGAAAUUUAGUAACUUAUCCAACUGGUUUUUCGGAAAUAUUUGAUACAUUUGAGCAAACUUAUAGCUCUUCGGAUAAUAUUGCUUAUGGCUUAACAUUUGAAAAUAGUUAG